GCCUGCACUUGGUCAAGACAGCAUUGCAAAAAUGGCCAAGGCGGAGGACAACAGCGAGCAGAAUAUGGCUGGAGUAAGAGCCCCCUCAGAGCCUUCCACUGUAACCCCCAGCAGCAGCAAGGACGAAAAAGCCACGACAGCGUCAACGACGGCGAAGCAGUUGAGUCCGUUGGCGUCGGAGAUUCUGGUGUUACGCGAACUGGAGCUGGCGCCCGUCGCGAUUUACCCACAGCAAGUGUCACGCGCCACGGAGAUCCGCCUGUUCCUCUCGUGCAUUGAAUUCAUUGCUAUCCACGAUGUAAUAGAGCGCGAGGAGGGAACCAUCUACUUUGUGCUGGACGUGUACCGCUACCGCCAGCAAAAGGGUUUACCGUCAACGCGAAGCAGCCGUCGCAAGCUGUCAGCGGGACAGCUGGACCCGCACAAAUGGCUGGCAGACCGCGAGCCGGAGGACAGGGCCCCGGACUACCAGAUCGAGCAGCGAUAUUCAAACUUUGCGAGACUUCGCUCGAACGUGGCGCAUAUCGCGCGUAAGCACCACCCCAAGCGUAAGGCAUGCGCGUACUGCUCAAGUCUGCUGGAUUUCCUGCACGUGACACCGUGCAAACCUAGCCUCAAAGUCAAGUUCACGACCACCACGGAGGAGCGGAAGUUCAUUCUGAGCUCCUUCAUUAACGAGCUGGUUUACAUGGCGCGGGAUGGCUACACGUGCUGUCCGAGGUCUCUGCAUGGCUAUCACAUUAUCCCGGCGCUGGUCAAGCGCUUCCUAUCGGAACAGACUGGCGAGUCGUUCUUCUCGUGA